UUCAUAUGAAAUUCAACGUUAUGGGAGCUAAAAUCAUAGCUUAUGGAUUACUCUUGGGACUCUUUUCUGCAUACCUCUCCGUUUAUGAAACUGCUCAGUUAAAGAUGACAAACGUAAUCUGUAAGAGUGAAAAUCAAUCAUUGAUAUAUGUCAAUGAAUGUCGACUAAGAGCUAUUAAUCGAAAUAUUACAAUUUUAAAUCUGAAUAUAUCAAUGCUCUUUUCAUCCAGUGAUAUUUUACUGGAUAUGCAAAUACUUAAGAAAGCCAAUGGCUAUAAGCCGUGGAUAGUCAAAACCGUCGUAGAUAUUUGCAAGUUUGUCAAAAAAUUCAAUAAUCCAAUUUUGAAAGUUGUUCAUACUAUCUCGAAAGAGUAUUCGAACCUUAACCAUUCCUGUCCUUAUAUGGGAUACCAACUAAUUAAAGGAUUUCAUGUGUAUCCUAAACAACUACAUCUACCUUUCCCGACUGGUGAUUAUCUAUUGACUUUGAAGUGGAUUUAUGAUAAGAGGUUUCUGCUGACGACAGAUGUAUAUUUUUCAUUCACUGAAAAUAUCAUUGAUAUGUAGAAAGAAUAAAUUUUCCAAUAUACACAUU